GUGGCUCUAAAGUGAGUGAAAUAGGAUAAAUUCCUCCACUCAGGAGAAAGCAGAGGCAAGAAGUUGACUAAACGAUGUUUAAGAAUAAUGUUACUGACCAUAAGCCUAAUGUGGAAACCAUAAUUAAAAACAUUAACACAAUUUCUUUGGAGUUAAAGAAGAUGAAAGAGCUCUCCCAGUUGCUGCUUUGUGACCUUACUCUACAUUUUAAUCAUCCUGUGAAGACAGAUGACUUAAAGGAACCAGAAGGAAAAACCCCCCUCUUUGAAGAGUCUGCAAUAUCAGAUGUGUCCCUUGCCUCUAAUAGUUUUUCUAUCUGAUUUCUUUUUGUUUGUUGUGAAUUUAUAACUGUAUUUAUUGUGGAAUUAA